UUGAACACAACAGAGUCUAAGCGAUGCCAUCCGAAGGUGUUGAAGUGUUUUCGAAUCCCCUGGCUCCUCCGUCCUCUUCGGGCUCCUACACAUCUCAUCAUGGCGGAGGGGUGUCUGCAGCUGCUUUGACGAAUGAAGAUUUUCGUAAACUUUUGAUGACCCCUCGUUCUGGGGUGCCAUCUGUAGCUCCACCGUCGACAAAGUCAUCAAGUCACAGCAGUAAAAGUGUACCAAGCAGUAUCUAUUCACAUCGUAGCAGCAGAGAUGAUGAUGAUGAUGAUGAUGGUGACGUUGAAGGAGAUGAUGAUGAUCCAUGGUCAAGAAGGAGGAAAAAGAAGAAAUAUUAUGCAAAACUCAAGAAAAUGGAGGAGGAAAGAGAGCAGGAGCUUGCAAGUAAAUACAGAGAUAGAGCAAGGGAACGACGAGAUGGUCUGAAUCCUGACUACCAAUCAACAGACACCCUAAGUGCAACAGCCAAUUACAGAGCAGUUGGUCCCACAGCAGAGGCAACGAACACUGCAGCAGAGCGCCGUCGCCAAGCUAUCCAGGAGAGUAAGUUUCUUGGUGGUGACAUGGAGCACACUCAUCUUGUGAAAGGCCUUGACUUUGCCUUGUUACAGAAGGUUCGUAGUGAAAUUGCAGAGGAAGAUGAGGAAAAUGAGGAGCUGAGUGUUAAAAAACCAAAAAACAAACAAAGGGACAAGGAAGAAGAAGAUGAUGCAAAUGAGAUUGAGUUUACUACAAAACUGGGUCAAAAGAUCUACAAAUCCCUGUUCAGAAAUCGCCCAGCAGAUAGAAAUGAACUAUUUCAGCCAGGGCGAAUGGCUUACGUGUUUGACAUUGAAGAUGAAUAUGCUGAAAGUGAUAUACCCACAACUCUUAUUAGGAGUAAAGCAGAUUGCCCUGGAAUUGAAACUCAAGCUACACUCACCACCAAUGACAUUGUCAUCAACAAAUUGACCCAGAUUUUGUUGUACUUACGCCAAGGCACCAGAGGAGGGAAAAAGAUCAAGAAGAAAGAUAAAGUAAAGGAGAAGGACAAGAAUGACAAACAAGGACAGAGGAUACGCGCUCCUGAAGCUGAUGAUAGCAUCUUUGGAGAAAUUGGCGAGUAUGACCCAACUGCAAGCACAAAAGAAUAUGAAAAGAAAGAAAAGGCAAAAGAAAAAGACAGAAAGAAAUCCAGGAACUCUAGCAGCUACUUUGAGAAGUCAGCUGCAGGAGAGGAUGAGCAACAGUUUAGUAAAAAAGAUGUUUCUGCUGAAGAUUUUGCUAAGUCAGUCACACAGACAUUUGGCAAAAGGGAAAUGGAACAAAGAGCUGCUUGGGAUUCAGUUGAUCCAAAACGAAAGAAAAGAGAUAAACAUGCACGUAAAGUGAAAGAUGCCAAUUACAUUCCAGAUAGCUACUCAGAGUGUUACCCGGGUGCUGUUGAUGUGCCCUAUGACAGUGAUGAGGAGGCAGAUUACAGUAAAAUGGAUUUGGGUAACAAGAAAGGUCCUAUUAAAAGAUGGGACUUUGAGACAGAAGAGGAUUAUCACAGCUAUAUGGAAAGUAGGGAAGCUCUUCCAAAGGCUGCCUUUCAGUUUGGAAUUAAGAUGUCAGAAGGACGCAAAACACGGCGUGCGGGACCCAAAGAUGAGAAGGCUAAAUUAGACAGGGACUGGCAAAAAAUCAGUCAGAUGUUGAGUAAAAGGAAAGGAGACGAAGGGAAAGGAGACUCGGAUGGCAAGAGAAGAAAGCACAGGGAUUAAGCAAGUUAUAAAUUUGGAAGCAUCAAGUGCUCAGAUUUUUUAUUGUGCUCUUCAUGUAACACACUCUUGACUGCCCCUUCAUUACAGUGUAGAAAGUCUAUAUUAAUUAACUUCUUAAAAUAGAACUUUUGGAUUGUAAAAGUUUAAACUUUGAUUAAAAUUUCUAUGUAAAGUUGUGAUGAGAAUCUGGUAGUGAUCAACUUGAAGGUAA